GAAACACUACUCCAUCCAUCCGCAUCAAAUCCAAGAUGUCGCUGUCGUGAAGGCUUGGGUCUUGAAGGAAUCUCACUAGUUAUUCACCAUGAAGAACGUUCUCAUGGUUGCGGAGAAGCCAGCGCUGGCUCAAUCGCUGGCAGCCAUCCUAUCUAACGGCAACAUGAAGCCUAGAAAAGGCAUAAGCAGUGCCUGCACCGUCUACGAGUACGUCGGCAAGUUCUACAACGAGCCGGCACGUUUCAAGAUGACAUCGGUCUGCGGUCAUGUAAUGACAACGGACUUCCACAGCAAGUACAACAGUUGGGAUCGAGUGGACCCUGCUGAACUCUUCAGCGCACCCACGGAGAAGAAAGAAGCAAACCCAAAACUGCAGCUGCCAAGAUUUCUUGAAAAAGAAGCUCAGGGCUGCGACUACUUGGUGCUGUGGCUUGAUUGUGACAAGGAAGGUGAGAACAUCUGCUUCGAAGUCAUCAACAUCGUCAAGCCAUUUCUAAGAAAGCCAGCAUCAUACAAUCAACAGUACAUUUUCCGAGCUCGGUUCAGUGCCAUUACCGAGAAGGACAUCAAAGCGGCCAUGAACCAGCUGGUGGAGCCCAAUGAAAAUGAAGCCAGGUCCGUGGAUGCUCGACAGGAGCUGGAUCUUCGCAUUGGCUGUGCAUUCACUCGUUUCCAGACGAAAUAUUUCCAGGGGAAGUAUGGAAACCUGGACAGCGCUUGCGUGUCGUUUGGCCCAUGCCAGACACCGACGCUUGGCUUUUGUGUGGACCGGCAUGACAAGAUACAGUCGUUCAAGCCUGAACCCUACUGGUUCCUCAGUGUGCAGGUCAAACUGACUAACGAGCAAACCAUGACACUGGACUGGGAACGGGGCAGGAUAUUUGACCGUGAGGUGGCCAUGGUGUUCCUGUCCCAGACCUCCAACAUCAAGGAAGCUGAGUUAACAGAUGUCACCCAAAAAGAGAAGAGCAAACCUCGCCCCGUGGCCCUCAACACGGUGGAGCUGAUGCGCAUUGCGAGCUCCGGCUUGGGCAUGGGACCGCACCACGCCAUGCAGAUUGCGGAGCGUCUCUACACCCAAGGUUACAUCAGCUAUCCGCGAACGGAGACCACCCAAUACCCUGAAAACUUUGACCUCAGGGGCACGCUGCAUCAGCUCCAGAGGGUGCCAGAUCUCAGCGCAGAUGUGCAGGACCUUCUCUCCAAGGGGAUUAACAAACCAAAAAAGGGCCAUGACGCCGGCGACCACCCUCCGAUUACACCAACCAGAGAUGCGUCGCGGAGUGAGUUGGACGGGGAUGCGUGGAAGCUGUACGACUACAUUGCAAGGCACUUUGUAGCUACGGUGAGCGAGGACAUGAAGUACCUGCAGACCACGGCGUCGUUCCUGGUUGGUGAGGAACGCUUCAGCCUUACAGGCAAGAGUGUCAUCAACCCGGGCUUCACCAAGUUCAUGUUGUGGCAGGCGGUUGCUCCCGAGGAAGCGCUGCCGCAGUUGAGAGCCGGCACCACUGUCCCCAUUGUACAGACAAAGUUGGCUGAGCUGAAGACAAACCCCCCAGAUUACCUGACCGAAUCUGAGCUCAUUUCGUUGAUGGACAAGCAUGGCAUCGGAACUGAUGCGUCUAUUCCGGUUCACAUCAACAACAUCUGCCAGAGGAACUAUGUGACUGUUGGCUCAGGCCGGCGCCUCAUACCCACCAACUUGGGCAUCGUGCUCGUGCACGGAUAUCAAAAGAUUGACCAAGAUCUGAUCCUGCCGACAAUGCGAGCGGCCGUCGAGCAGCAGCUCAACCUGAUUGCAGCGGGCAAGGCUGACUACGACGCCAUCCUGAGCCACACCCUGACGGUGUUCCAGCUCAAGUUCUGCUACUUUGUCACCAGCAUCAUGCAGAUGGACGAGCUGUUCGAGGUCACCUUCACCCCGCUCUCGGACAGCGGGAAGCCCCUGUCUAGAUGCGGCAAGUGCCGGCGGUACCUAAAGCUGGUGGCCAGUAAGCCAAGCCGGCUGCACUGCGUGCAGUGUAAUGACACUCACAGCAUACCGCAGAACGGCAGCGUGCGCACAUUCCGCGAGCUCAAGUGCCCCCUCGAUGACUUUGAGCUGCUGCAGUGGUAUGGGGGCACGAAAGGAAAGAGCUUCAUCUUCUGUCCCUACUGCUACAACCACCCACCAUUCCGAGACACUGGCCGCCAGAUCGGCUGCAAUUCCUGCACGCACCCCACCUGCCCGCACUCCAUGAUGGCUAACGGCAUCUCAGUAUGUCCCGAAUGCACGUCUGGCGUGUUGGUGCUUGACCCAGCGUCGGCUCCCAAGUGGAAGAUUGGCUGCAACAGGUGUGACGUGAUUGUCCAGCUUUGUGAAGAUGCCCGUAAAGUGUGCGUAGAAGACGAGCAGUGUGAUGAAUGUGGCAGCCAGUUGGUCAGCGUAGAGUACAAGCUUGAGAAGACGAAGCUCCCAGGUGCGCAGACGGAGGCAGUAGGCUGCAUCUUCUGCGACGUGACGCUGUCUGGCCUUGUGGAGCGGCACCAAGCGCUCAAGCCAAGGAACAACUACCGCCGGGCAGCAGGUGCCGCUGCCGGCGGUGGUAGAGGCCGAGGCCGCGGUCGGCGUAGGGGCAAGCCUAAGGACAAGAUGGCACAGCUGGCUGCAUACUUCGUCUGAUCGCUGGAACUGUCCGCUCAAAGGAAAAGUGCUUGUUGUUUAGAAGAGAGCUGACAUAGUUAUCUAUGGGCCUUUCCUAAUUAAAAUGCAUUUUGUACAUACUGACAAA